GGUGUCCCCGAGGUGGAGGGGACUGGGAGUGGGCUCGGAGCGGGGAGGGGGGGUGUUGGCGGGAGGGGCCCCCGGAUCCGGAGCCGCGGGUGGCAGCAGCAGAAACGAUGAGGAGGAAGAUUUAGAAAUUGGCCUGAAGGAGGGACCCUCCCUCUGGCGCGGUAUGCAAUGUUAAUUCUGGGGCAUUGAUGUUUUACAAUGCCUGAUCAAGACAAAAAGGUGAAGACCACAGAAAAACCAACUGAUAAAAAACAACAAGGAAUCACCACCAGGGACUAUUCAGAUCUUAAAAGACUUCGUUGCCUUUUGAACGUCCAGUCAAGCAAACAACAGCUUCCAGCCAUUAACUUCGAUAGUGCCCAAAAUAGCAUGACGAAGACUGAGCACAUCAUCAAGGUGGGUGGACAGAGAGCCCGAGGUCAGGGGCAUGAGUCCACAGAAGCUGUUGAACUUGAAAAUUUUAGUAUAAACUACAAGAAUGAGAGAAACUUCAGCAGACAUCCCCAGCAUAAACUAUUUCAGGAGAUCUUUACAGCCUUGGUGAAAAAUAGACUCAUCUGCAGAGAGUGGGUUCAUCGAGCCCCAUCUAUUCAUUUUCUGAGAGUGUUAAUCUGUCUGAGACUACUAAUGAGGGAUCCAUGUUAUCAGGAAAUACUCCAUAGCUUGGGUGGAAUUGAAAACCUAGCUCAGUACAUGGAGAUUGUGGCCAAUGAGUACCUAGGCUAUGGAGAGGAGCCGCACAGUGUGGACAAGCUGGUCAACAUGACGUAUAUUUUUCAAAAACUUGCUGCUGUCAAAGACCAAAGAGAAUGGGUCACCACAAGCGGAGCACACAAGACAUUAGUAAAUUUACUUGGUGCCCGUGAUACUAAUGUUUUGUUGGGUGCCCUUCUGGCUCUGGCUAGUUUAGCUGAAAGUCCAGAAUGUAGGGAGAAGAUAAGUGAACUCAACAUUGUAGAAAAUCUGCUGAUGAUUUUGCAUGAAUAUGACUUGCUUUCCAAAAGAUUAACUGCGGAGUUACUGCGCCUACUUUGUGCCGAACCCCAAGUGAAAGAGCAGGUGAAGCUCUACGAAGGGAUACCCGUCCUCCUCAGUCUGCUCCACUCUGACCACCUGAAGCUGCUCUGGAGUGUUGUCUGGAUUCUGGUUCAGGUUUGUGAGGACCCUGAGACCAGUGUGGAAAUUCGCAUUUGGGGAGGCAUCAAGCAGCUUCUUCAUAUUUUACGAGGAGACAGAAAUUUUGUUUCCGAUCGUUCUUCCAUUGGCAGCCUGUCUAGUGCAAAUGCAGCGGGCAGAAUCCAGCAGCUUCAUUUGUCAGAAGAUUUAAGCCCUCAGGAAAUACAAGAAAAUACUUUUUCUCUUCAAGCAGCCUGCUGUGCCGCCCUCACCGAGCUCGUGCUCAACGACACCAACGCCCACCAGGUGGUCCAGGAAAAUGGUGUAUAUACAAUAGCAAAAUUAAUUUUACCAAACAAACAAAAGAAUGCAGCAAAAACUAAUCUAUUACAGUGUUAUGCAUUCAGAGCCUUGAGGUUUCUCUUCAGUAUGGAAAGAAACAGACCACUCUUUAAAAGACUUUUCCCCACCGACUUGUUUGAGAUCUUCAUCGAUAUAGGACAUUAUGUUCGUGAUAUCAGUGCUUAUGAAGAAUUGGUAUCAAAGUUGAAUUUGUUAGUGGAGGAUGAACUGAAGCAAAUUGCUGAAAAUCUUGAAAGCAUUAAUCAGAAUAAAGCUCCUUCAAAAUACAUAGGCAACUAUGCAAUUUUGGAUCAUCUUGGAAGUGGAGCUUUUGGCUGUGUUUACAAGGUUAGAAAGCGUAGUGGUCAAAAUCUUUUAGCAAUGAAAGAGGUCAAUUUACACAACCCAGCAUUUGGAAAGGAUAAAAAAGAUCGAGACAGCAGUGUAAAGAAUAUUGUUUCUGAAUUAACCAUAAUUAAAGAGCAGCUCUAUCAUCCCAAUGUUGUACGCUAUUACAAAACAUUUCUGGAAAAUGAUAGGUUGUAUAUAGUUAUGGAGCUUAUAGAAGGGGUCCCUCUUGGAGAGCAUUUCAGUUCUUUGAAGGAAAAACAACAUCAUUUUGUUGAAGAAAGACUAUGGAAAAUAUUUAUACAGCUGUGCUUAGCUCUUCGGUACUUACACAAGGAGAAGAGGAUUGUGCAUAGAGAUCUGACACCAAACAACAUUAUGUUGGGGGAUAAGGACAAAGUAACAGUUACUGACUUCGGGCUGGCAAAGCAAAAACAAGAAAACAGCAAACUCACUUCUGUUGUUGGAACAAUCCUGUAUUCCUGCCCUGAGGUACUGAAGAGUGAGCCGUAUGGGGAGAAGGCUGAUGUCUGGGCGGCCGGCUGCAUCCUUUAUCAGAUGGCAACUCUGAAUCCUCCCUUCUAUAGCACCAACAUGCUCUCCCUGGCUACAAAAAUAGUGGAGGCGGUUUAUGAACCAGUGCCAGAAGGCAUCUACUCUGAGAAAGUGACAGGUACCAUCAGCAGGUGCCUCACUCCUGAUGCAGAAGCCCGCCCAGAUAUCAUAGAAGUCAGCUCGAUGAUAUCAGACAUCAUGAUGAAGUAUUUAGACAACUUGUCUACAUCUCAGCUGGCUUUGGAGAAGAAGCUGGAACGGGAACGGAAGCGCACGCAGAGGUACUUUAUGGAAGCCAACCGGAAUGCUGUCACCUGUCACCAUGAGCUGGCUCUGUUAUGUCAUGAGACCUUUGAAAAGGCAAGCCUGAGUAGUAACAGCAGUGGGGCCGCCAGCCUGAAAAGCGACCUUUCAGAAAGCGCAGACCUGCCCCCCGAGGGCUUCCAGGCCCCCUGCGGUAAGGAUGAAGACAGGGCCUGUGAUGACAUCCUGUCAGAGGAGAACUUCAACUCAGAGAAUAUUGAGAAAGAUAUGUACUCAGAGCUAGAUGAUGAACUGGACAUUUCGGACAACUCCAGCAGCUCCAGUUCGAGCCCUUUAAAAGAAUCUACAUUCAGCAUUUUAAAGAGAAGUUUUAGUGCCUCAGGAGGAGAAAGACAAUCCCAAACAAGGGACUUCACUGGUGGAAUAGGAUCCAGACCAAGACCAGCUUUGCUGCCUCUUGACCUGCUUCUGAAAGUACCACCCCUCAUGCUCAGGGCCCACGUUAAGGAGCUAGAGGCCGAGUUAGUGACAGGGUGGCAGUCCCAUAGCCUUCCUGCUGUGGUUCUUCGCAAUCUCAAAGAUCAUGGGCCACAGAUGAGCACAUUCUUGUGGCAAGCAUCUGCAGGGAUUGCUGUGUCCCAGAGAAAAGUACGACAGAUCAGUGAUCCUAUUCAGCAGAUCUUAAUUCAGCUGCACAAAAUCAUCUACAUCACACAGCUUCCUCCAGCUUUGCACCACAAUUUGAAAAGAAGGGUUAUAGAGAGAUUCAAGAAAUCCCUCUUCAGCCAGCAGAGUAACCCUUGCAAUUUGAAAUCUGAAAUUAAAAAGUUAUCUCAGGGAUCUCCAGAACCAAUUGAGCCCAACUUUUUCACAGCAGAUUACCAUUCAUUACGUCAUUCAUCAGCUGGAAACAGCCUGUCCCCAGAUGACCCAACAGGUUUAUGUACCAGCUCUGAUUUGGAGGAGGGAAUAACAUAUGAGCAGAUGCAGACUGUAAUUGAAGAAGUCCUAGAGGAAAGUGGUUAUUACAACUUUACAUCUAACAGAUAUCACUCCUAUCCGUGGGGGACCAAGAAUCACCCAACCAAAAGAUGAAAACCCUGCAUUUUGAACAGACUUUGUUUUCCUAGUGAAGUUCAAGUUCUGGACUUCAGCUCCACCAGAUGCCCAAGGAUUGGGAGCUGCUGGAAGGGUGUGGAAAAGAAAAGACCAAGAUGCCUUGGCCCCUCCAGGGCCUCUCUCUGGAGGUCCUGUGCUAGGUUCUGUGGCCAUGGCAGCGUGGGAAGGCUCUGCUCCCUGGAUGUGGUAGUCACAGGAUGACAGGGCUCUCGGUGUGCUCCUGGGAGAAGAAAGCUGCAAAAUUCAUCUGUGGGGAGAAAACUUGCACCUCACAGAACUUUCCUCCAAGUUAAAAAAGAAACAACAACAACAACAAACAAACAAAAAGAGUCAUAUUUUUCAAUAGAAUGUUUUGUAUUUAGGAUUGCAGAAACUAUGUUUAAAGGCAUCUAGCCUUCCGUGUAUAAAAUAGUUUUGGAUAGAGAAAAUUACAGGCCCCAUUGUAAUAAUAUAUUGUAAUAAUACAAUUCACUGUAUUCCCCCAUUUCUUUUAUUUUAAAAGAAAUUCAAAAUAGGUGAUUGAAUUUUGUGGUUGUUGUUUUAAGGAAAGGAUUGUUUCGCUCUUAACCAGUGGGUGCUCGUGGCCUGAAGACAGUAGACAGUAUUUGUAACUUUGCACAGCCUCUGGGAAUAACUGUCAAAUUGUCAGAUGUAAGCUAGACUAGUAGAGUAUAUUGCUGUAUGGUGUGUGUGUAUAUAUACAUAUAUAUGGGGGGAGGGAGGAGAGGUUUUGAUUAGGCUAAUGCUUUGCUGCUAAUCAAACUUAGAGUGUUUUUAGGGCACUUUGAAGAGCUCAUAGAAUCUAUGAAAGAGAUGCAAUAUUCCUUGUUCUAAGUCCCUUCUCACUAAAAUUACCUACAUUGUUUUAAAAUUUUUAUUGUUUGGGAAUUUAAAAUGAAAACAAUUUAUAUAAUAAAAUAUAAGUCCCUUCUUUAUUCAUUGAGACAUCCCUAAGAAAACAAGAAAUCAGAAUGCCAAAGAGUGUUCCAUUCCUACGUAGGGAGACUUUAUGAUGAAAAUUUUCUAGAUUCUCAUUGGACUAACAUCUCUUCAACUGGCUUAUAAUUGGUGUAAUAUCCAGAAAUGCCCUUAUUGCCAAGUCGGGCUGCACUUCUAACUGCUUAAAGAACAUUUUAAUUCUAUAUAACUAGUAAUAUGAAAGCUGAAAUUAUGCUUUUAUUUACUUCUCACUGAGUUCUGGUAUCUUUAUUUACACUGAUAUAUUUUUAGUAUGAUCGAACAGGAUUUAGUUCAAUAUAUUUACAGUGGUUGAAAAAUAAUAACCUUUUGUAUAGUAUAGAAAAUCUCUUAAUGUGAACCCAUACCACUUUUACAAUUUGUAUGUUCAACACUUAAAGGAUAUCCAAAUUUCCUUUAAGUAAUGCCUUUGAAAAUUGCCAAUGAAUCUUUGUCUUUAAGCCAAACUAAUGAUUACAAAUACACUGUAAUUUAAAAUAGCAGAUGCAAUUACAGUAAUGAAAAAUGUCAGUUUCAGCUUUCAAACCAAUUCCUUUCAUAUGUGAAAUGUACAUGUAAAAUCAAAAUGCUAUGAUUUUGUUGAUUUACCCAGGUAAACUUUUAUUCCUAGCCCAACUGAAUUUGAACCUGCACUAUUAUUUUUUAUAUCUUUUCAUGUAUGGAAUGGACACAUUUCCUCAUCGUGUAAGAGUCAGAGGCCUACAGGGGCAUAAAUUUUAAUUGUGAUAGAAGCCAAUACCUAGAAAUAAACCAAGCUGUUGGCAUGAAAGUUUGAACAAUAAAGUUCUUUCUCAAAUGAUAAUAUAUUGUCAACAAAGUGUAGAAAAGAAUAGUAUUCAGAGGUUACACCUUGGUAAAAAAGAGAGAAUGAGAGAGAAAUGAUUUCUUUGAAGGUGUUUUUGAAUGCAUACAGUUGACCUUAUUGACCAGAAAGGGAACAAAAUAUUUCCAUCGAACCAUUUCUUUUAGACCAUAGUACGUGGCAUUUAUUAUGCUAGAAGCCCGGACGAAUUAACAAAGAUAAACAAAUGGAUCUCAACAGCUUUACGCCUGUCAGAUCUAUGCUGACAGAUGCAUUCUUUUGCCAAAGUCAUGAAUGUGUUCUAUUUGAUCCCCUUCAUAGGGGACUACCAGUCACUGGAUCCACAUUCUCCCAGCUCAAGAGCAGGCCUCUAAGAGAGAGUUAGGCAUUGGUAAGGGAUCCCUCUUGUGCAUGGAGUCUCAUCCCAACAGCGAUGUUGCCUUUUCAAAAGCCCUCACUUUGACUUUCCGACAAGAAGCUCACUGCCCUCACAAGAGAACAAGAAUGAUCAUCUUGUUUUCACUCUCCAAACUGCCCUCUAGUGCAAAGUUGUUACUUGAGUGUAAUAGGCUCAUAAUCUUUGCUUGAUUGCCUUUAAAUUUUUUCUCUUUCUCUUGUAUAAUUGUUAAUUAUUUGUUGUGCAAUGAAACCCCUGUGAAUUCAUCUCAUUCUCAGUCACUGAAUAUUUGUAUGGGACAGAACAUGAAUCAGUCUUUUCAAAUCACUUUGGAUACCCAAUGCUUCAGUUAAUUAUGUUUUGAUCUACCAACUCUGUCUGAAUAUGUGUACUUGAAACCUUAAUUUGCUUUUUAAGAGCAAAAUGAUCCAUUUUCAGGGAAGUGACUGCAGCAGGUAUAUGUGCUUGCUGGUUGUUAACCUUGUAUUCUUCCAGAUGUUUGAUACUUAAUUAGAGGUCUCCAGGGAAGAGUAUCGUGGACACUAGACCCACAGCUCCUGGGUGAAUUUCAGGAUCUUGCUGGAGAAAUGCUGCUCGAGUUUAAUGUGGACACUUGUAUAGCACUGGGCGGUGUGCACACUCUGGGCAUUCUAAAGCAGAACCUAAUUAAGAAACACUGUUAUGCAGUCUACCCAAAUGAUGGAACUGAUCAGGAGGUAAGAUCUUCCUAGAGGUACCAUCUAGGACUUAUUAAAUACUAUGAAUUUUGAUGAUCAACAACACAUACAGGACCGGUUGAUUACAUGCAAUUCCAGCAAUAUCAUCAGUUAAUCGCCACUCAUAUUUAAGAUGUGGGAAGGCAAGAAUAUUGUUUAGUCAGUUGUAUCAGUAUUAAUAUGCAUAGUAUCCGCAUCUCUCUAUUUGAUUUGCUGAAUUGCAAAUUAUUUUUAUCACUAUCUCUCUCUCUUUUUUUGGAACCAUGUACAGCAAAUACGCUGGAUUCCUGUAGAAAUGGCUUCAGCUUCUAUUUGAAGGCAGGAAAAACUUCUUUGUAAGGUACUUUUAUUGCUUGCCUUUUACUUUUUCUAUGGUGCGUAUUCAUGAACAGAUAUCAGCUGGAGAGGCAAUGCAGAUGAACCAGGCUGAACCAGCUCCUCGGCAACCCGAGAUGCAGCUAUGAAGGGCUGGUGAGCAAGGGAAGCUCAGUGCUUCCCUAUGUUGACCUUGACUCUUGGGGUGAAAUUCCGUCAAAACAUGAAAUUCUUCAUGUUCAACAACCAAAUGUGAUAAUAAGUAUAUUUUAUGUACCUUUAGAUCUUCCAGAUCGUGUCCUUUGAUGGAAAUUCACAGAAUUUUGGAUAGAUUCUCUUUUCCAUUGAAAUGUACUAACAGUAUGCUUACCCUUGGAUGCCAUUUUUCACGUUGAUAGGAAGACACAAAUGUCUCAGGGAAACAACUUUGUGAUAAAGAAAGAAAUUCUUAUGUGUGUCAUUGUGGUUAAAUUACAUAUUGUAAAUAUAACUGUUACGGCUGAUUACAUCCCUGCUGUGAUGUUGCUUUGAGAUUUGCAAGAGGGAUAGGAAGGAUUUUAUGAUUUUGACGGAGUGACUGAUGGAUAUUGCAAAUUUACAUGUCUUCUGGGUCCAUGAGCAAUAGUUAUUUUAAAGAUGAAGAUCAUGCACUGUAGAAGCAUAGCGGCGUUCUUGGUCUGUGAGCUAUGUUAGAUUUUUUUUUUUUUUUUUAGUACAUACAUGCAGUAAGGAACCAGUUUUUAACAUUUUUAAAAGCUUAUUGGUUUUAUCAUAAAAGUGAACUCUAUUCUCAACCGAAGACUGAAUAUUAUUCCUCAAACUGUAGCGAGAUGCCUUUUUUUUUUCAUUUUGUACCAUGAAGCUUUGCACUGUACCCAGGAACUGUAUUUAGAGGUAACAGAAGUGCAUUCAUUAUAGCAAAUACAGGACUGUGUAAAGGCUGUCAUUUGGAAGUAGCUUACCUUUGUUUCCUCAGAACAAAGAUAAAAGUUUUGUUGUUUAUAGAAAACCAGUGUCACUUUGAUAGGUAAUCAGCAAGUGUGGUAGAUGCUUGGAAUUGAUGUGGUGAGCUCACAAGUGAAAAAUUAGCUGAAGGUUUUGCAAACAUGUGAUGAACUGAUCCCAUAAAACGAGCAGAGAGAGGUUUGAACUAGAAUAACAAACCCAGAGGAACACAGCUUAAGGCUUUAGCACCUGCAAGUCAGACCACAAAGGCCACUUAUAAAAUAAUAUCCUUAAUCCAUGAUUUAGUUCUACAUGUCAAGCACCAGUUGAGUCAGAAUUCUGGAAAGGAAUAUAAUGCUUAUGAAUGGUUAUUAAAUUUUAGCUUUCCUUGCCCUUCAUACAAGUAUGUUUACCUCAUACUUCAGUGAGUUUAGAAGGAAAUGCAGCUGGUUUAGGGAUACCUUAUGUCAAGAAGGAAUGCAUGAAGAAUUUGUAUGAACUCCACAUGACAUUGAGGGAGGCGAAUAAAUCUAAGUACUCAGAAGUGAAACCCCAACUUGUUAGAGAUAAAAGAUGAUUCUGUCAAGGGGAUAGGACAGUCUGCAAACAAAAGCUGAGAAGUCACAGGGCAAGCAGAAGGCAAGUGGUAUCCCGGAGCCUGGCACCUCCCACAGGCCAGUCCCAGGGUGGCACGCGAUUGGCAAGGGGCCAAGCAGUUCCUGAUACUUGAAUGAUUCCUGCUGCUGGGUCUCCUGGCAGCAGCGGGUCGGGUCUCUCCCUGACGUGCAGUUACUGAUGGACUGGUCUCUCGGCACUGUCACCAGUGAGCUGAACUCCCAGAAGAGUAGCAGAUGGACUCCUGAGGUGCCCUAGUAUUGUGUUGGUCCAAUCCUUAGGACUGGGUCCCUGUGAAGCAUUCCAAAGACGGUAGACUCCUCUCAAGGACACGAUCGUGUCUGCCAUGCAGCAAAUGUGUUUCUGCCGCUGACACUAAAUUUGCUUCCCCCUCUUUUAUCCAUGGCCUCGGGCCUGUUUUGUCUGACAAAACAAAUUUUGCAGGACAGAUAUGUGGACGUUGAAUAGAUAAAUGUGGGCAGAUCUGAAUACAUUUACCCUUGGCUGGAUUCAAAAAGAAGCAUUUCCAUGUAUUUCAGUUGUCUGUGAGUAAACCAGUUGAUAAUCAGGCUACGGAAAGAUGCCAUCAUUUUGCUCUUCCAAAAUGGCAAACAAAAAUCACUUCAAAGGAAAAUCUUUUGAGUGCAUUUUGUGUACUGACAUUUAGUGGAUCAAAACUGAAUUAGGAUGCUUCCUGUAUUCUGUUGUUCCCAGUGGUGAGUUUGGGAAGAUCAAAAAGAACAGAGCUGUCCUCUGGGGGGGAAAAAAAAAGUACAGCCCCUCCCAACCCCUUGCCCCAUUUCAUAUGGCCCAGAGCUUCUGUGUUCUGGACAACCACAGGCCCGCUGUGCCCACAGAAUGGAAAAGUACCUUCAAUUUGCUUCUUCUCCUUUAGCUUCCAGGCACAUGCCCGUUUCUGUUCCAGUCCCAUCUGCAGGCCUCUCUUCUGUCUGGCGCACACCCUGGCUGCCCAUUCCUACUGGAGGAGCACACGGCUACCAAGCUUCCUGUGGGGAGCCCUGUGUCAUUAGAGGGACAGUGUGGAGCUCUGUGACGGUGGGCGGUAUGGAAGGCAGAGGGAUGAGGGACUUCUUGCUCUGCACCUGAGUCUAUCCUCCCCAAACCUCCAAAACGCUCCUGCUGUGAGCACACUGAGGCUCCGAAGUGGCAAGGUCUGAGGCCCUGGGCGAGAAGAGAAGGGCAAUGCCUCUAUGAAAGAUUUAUAUAAAAGAUGCAAGUGGCCUUUAUUUUUGCUAUUGCUUAAAUAUGCUCUGUAAAAUGCUAAAGAAAAUUAAAAAUGUA